GGUUGUCGAAAAGAAAAUCACAACUACUCAACCAAACAAUAAAAAUUAUAAUUUUGCUAGCAAUCGUUUUGUGCAAUAUUUUUUAAAUUAAAAUGACAAUAUUCAAUAUGUAUAUAUUUGAUCGCUAUGGUACUCUCCUAUAUUACGGGGAAUGGAAUAGAACAAAACAAGCUGGAAUGUCUAGGGAAGAGGAGGGUAAAUUGAUGUAUGGAAUGUUAUUUUCUAUAAAGUCGUUUGUCGCAAAGAUAUCUCCAUUGGAUCCAAAGGAUGGUUUUCUCCACUACAGAACAUCUAAAUACACACUGCACUGUUUAGAGACUCCUUCAGGAUUGAAAUUCGUCAUGAACACUGAUAAUCAAGCGCAAGGUGUUCGAGAUUUACUAAAGAAGAUUUAUGCUGACAUUUAUGUGAAAUAUGCCAUCAGAAAUCCUUUGUGUGCUAUAGGAGAACCAAUCAAUAGUGAAUUGUUCAAAAGUAAAUUAGAUAGUUUCAUCAAACAAACACCAAUACAUGCAGUGAGAGCUUCCUGAUAAGUUUUUUCUGAACGAAGUAGAGAAUAAAGUUUAAAGAUGAUAUCUUAAUUUAAAUAUACGCAUCAAUUUGUCGGAAGUAAAUGGAUAAGAAACCAAAAAACACAUUGUAGCCACAUAACUUCUAGUUUCUAUAAACCAUAUUGAUUCAAAUAAAGAUUUUUGUUAAUAUCAUCAAAAAAUCAAUUUCACUUACAAGUUACUAAUAUGUUACUUUUACAUACUGGUACGAUAUUAGAUGUUCACAAGUUAUGAUUACCAGAACCAUGAACAAACUAUGUAUGUUGAGGAGAGUUGAACUUUAUAUGUCACUAAAUGUGAUAAUUGUUUUUUUUUGGAUGGAAAAAUGACAAGGGUAGUUGUUAAAUUAGUAAAAUUUUGAAGUCCACAAUAAAUUGUUGUCAAUGUUUGUAAUGUAAUUGAUGACUCAUUUUACUUUAUCAUUGUGUGAGAUGAUGGCUGAUCAAUUAAUAUUGGCAAUACGAUGCAUUCUAUUAGGGCUGAUAAUAAUGAUACUUUUUCUUGAUAGUGUUCUAACC